UUCAAAAGCCAAUAGAAUAAAAGGGAGUAGCACAACUAAGGAAAAGGGGGAAAAAAUGGUGGACUGCGUUGUUUGGUGACCCCCGUGAAAUGGUCGUUCGACCUAUUUGCCUCAGUUCUGGAUCUGGUGUAGCUUAAGAAAAGAUUAAGAAUACUUUCCUCCAGAACCAAAAGCUAUUUUCAGAAUAGGAGAAGCACAGCCCAGAAUGGCCAUUUGGAAAGAGAGAUUACGUAUCAGACUUUGGUACCUAAUGCCUGGCCAGAGCUUUCCAAACUGCUUGUCAAAUUUUACACAAGGUCCUUCUAGAAAAAGGUUUUGUGCUCUUGGAAAAAAUUGAGUUUUUUUCAAACAUGGAUCCAACACUUUUCUGCAAAAGGGCUAGACCCAUGUUUAAAAAUUGGAGAAGCACUCUCUUGAGCAUGCUAGUCCUGUUCUGCUCCAAGUCAAUUUAAACCACAAAGGAUAUCCAGGUUUUGCCAGCUGUGUGUGUUGCUUGUUCUGUCACCCUUGGAAGCAUUAUUUUUUUCCUGUUGCUUCUGCUUCUGAUGAUCACACAAGCAGCUGUGUCCACCAUGAUAUUGUGUUAUAGAGUUACAUUGUGUUACAAUGUAUUGCAGUGUGCACAACCAUAGCUUCUCUUGUUUCUCAAAUAAAAUUAGCAGAGCUGUGCUCUUUCCUGCUCAUUGUUGAAAGCUUGGAGAAGAACCUAAUUCAAAAAUGGGAAGUGGGGAGAUGCUAAUGUGAAAGGAAAUCAGAGAUCAGGAGUAAAUUAAGAGGGCAAAUUGAGAGAGUGGCUGCAAGAGGGGCUGGCUCAUGAAUAGAGGAAAAGGAUUUCCUAAUUGCCCAAAACAUGUCUAAAACAUGCUUAACCUCUUCUCCAUGGUAAUGGGUGUCAAAAACAUUCUAAUCGUUAACAUGACUUGAAAGUGUGGUAGGACAUGGUUAAUUUACUGUAACUGGAAAAUUGCUCUUAUUCCAAAACACAAAAUGACAACAGAAGGCAAUUUAAAUCAUGGGGUGAGCACAAAAUGAGCCCAACUUCAUUGGUCAAAUUAAUUGAAUGAUAUAAACUAUUAGUAGGUAAAGGGCCUAAGUGGUUGUAAUUUGGGCAAGACUGUCAAGUGUUCUUUAUAAUUAAAUGCUGUUUUUUCCCUUUUAUUUCUGCAUUCAGAAUAUUUAGGUGUAGGGGAAACAAAACAAAAACAAAAAGAUUAAUCAUUUUCACAUGAACUAUUAAACAAGAGGACUUUCGUGUCUUGUUAUUAAUGGAACUAUAAACAGCAUGUGAAUUGUGAAGUGAUUGUUCAUGCUAUUAAGUAAAAGUAAAACCAGUUUUCCAAAAGCAUGGAUUGAAGUACAAUGGAAGUAUUAUCCAAUCAGUGCUAAAGUGUCUUUCUUUUCUGUUUUAGAGUAUCAACAAAAAAAUAGAACAGUGUUUUUCUGCCACUUAGAAGCACAUCUUCUAGACAGCUUAAAUAUUUGUCUGGCUAGUUUAAUUCCAAUUCAACUUGUGAUUAUGUUCCACUCUGUGUCUUGUUUAAUACAGUUCCGACUUAACUUAAAAGGGUAUUUGUAAAAAUAAUUACUAUCCUCAAAGAUCUUUGUUCUUUUGUAUAUAUAAAAACAACCGUAGUAUUAGAAGUUGAAAAAAAAUCUUAGACAGAAAGCAGAUAAAUUUUUAAUUUCGUGGACUUUGAAAUAUCUUGAAUAAUUACUUCAAAGCAAAAAAGUAUAAAAUCAUGUAUUUAUUUAUAUGCUUCUAAUAUCCAAAGCAGUUAUAACAAUAUGGAUAGCAAAACAAACAAUUACUGACGUGUGGGAAACUAGCAGUAAGACGAGCCAAAAUAACAAAAAGAGAAUGAAAAGAUUAAGCAACUAUUUAUCAUCCAGAAAAAAAGGCCUGUGGCCAUGAUAGUUAAACUUGAUUAGAUAGGUGUGGCAAGAUGAAAAGGUCCUGGGUUAUAUACAGAUAAUCCUCGACUUACAAAACUAUUCAUUUAACGACCACUCAAAAUUAACAGCACUGAAAAAGACUGACUUAUCACUAUUCUUAAACCAUUGUGAAACCAUUGGGGCAACCCCACAGUCAUGUGAUCAAAAUUCAGGUGUUUAGCAUAUUGCAUGCAUUUAAAAGAGUUGUAGUGUUCCAGGCUUCUGGGAUUGCUAUAUGCAAUCUUCCUAGAAAGCUUCUGACAAGCAAAGCCAUGGUUCACUUAACUGUAGUGAUUCACUUAACAACCAUGGCAAAAUUGGGAUGUGACAAUGAAAUGAAAAUUUGGGGCUCAAUUGUGGUCGUACACCGAGGAUUACUUAUGUUAAGAUUGGUGCUAGAAGCUUAUGUAAUUCUCAUUUUCUCCUCCUCCUCUCCAUGAGAGACUGAAAGGCCAUAAUGAACAGCUCAGGCAAUGUGGGCUGUAAUUGGAAGAGGGAAAUCCAAAUCUCACAGAGACAGAGUGAAACUAUGUUUGCAUACCAUAUAGAUAAUUUGCGUAGCAAUGGUUUAGGAUCAAAUUAGAGUUGUACUAUGUCUUAAAAACCAAUCUUUUCUCUAGUGAAGCCCACCAGAUGGUUUGGGACUCCAUUGCCAGAGUUGCCAACGAGCACAGAUAUUAACAGUUUCACAGAAGCAAGUGUAGUGCAACUGAUUCCAAGCAAAAAUUAUCACCAUGUUAGUUGGCCAUUUAAAUACUCGCAUUUAUAAGAGAUUUGUCAUUCAAUAUACUGCACUACACUAAUUAUAUUUUCCUCUCGUUUAUCUGUGCCCUGCUCUUCCUGCUUUCAAGUUUUCAUCAUGUGUUGUAAAAAGUAUAAACAAAAUGCUAUAUUAUGUGAUAUUUUAAAAUGCUUUUACUGUAAUAUAAAUAAAAAUAAAUAUUUUCUGAACAAUACUAGUAGUACUAUUACUACUAUGAUUUAGAGAAGGGGUCUUCAAACGUGGCCCUUUUAUGACUUGUAGACUUCAACUCCCAGAAUUCUUCCGCUAGGCACGCUGGCUGAAGAGUUGAGGUCCACAAGUCAUAAAUGGGCCAAGUUUGAAGACUCUUGAUUUAGAGAAUUAAGCUGACAUGGAUUUCACAGAAGUGUUAAGAUAUUAUCUAGUGACUUCUUGAAAAUAUGAGAGCUCCACUAAACUAAACGUAUUCAGGACUAGGUUGCAUGUAAAAAAAAAUUGUUAGCCCUCUUAAACAUUAUUUUUUCUCAGAUAUCAUUUUGAAUCACACAUUCUUAAAAACAUUGGAAAAUAUUGAUGGCAGUUCUAUCUUAUAUCAUGUAUUUCUGCCAAGAGAAACAUUAUUGGUGAAAAAAGUAUAUUUUCUUAUUCUUCCUUAUUCUGAGUAAUCCUUGAAAUAUCUGCUCCAUCAUUUACCUUAGAUAUAAACCCUUCUACUGUAAAAUCAUGUUAAGCUCUCUUCUAUUACUGUUAACAUUUUGAAAUGGUUUUACAGGCUUUCUGUUCAUUGAAGAUUUCUCUGAAGGAUCCUAACAUUAGUGAAAAUGAUAUGAAACAGUGCAAACAUAGGGCCCAAUCUAAUUAAAAAUUAACCACACCAGCAUUCAAUCUUUUUUAUUUGGGAGCUCAAUGACAAGUUCUUUGCUCUUUAUUUCCUGAAAAACAACUGACAUUGGAGCAGGCCUUUAGUUAACUUGAUGGUAUUUUUUUUUUAGACUUAGUUUCACUUAUCAUACUUACCCAAUAACUUCAUGAGUAUUUAGACAAGAUGUGUUCAAAAUCUGAAGUACUGUACAGUGUAUUUCAGUAAUGCAGCUCCUUGACUUUACUUAUAUGAACUGAAUACAGAAUGUUUCAAUAAAAUGUCUAUAUUGAGUGGCAAUUGCUCUUAGGCAUUUUAUUCAGUUUUUCAAAGCCAUAUGUAGCAGUAGUAGGAACAAAAUAUGUAAAUCAUGAAUGUUACCUCCAGGCCUUUCCAAAAUCUUACUGAAUAUACAAAGGCUUUCCUCAAAGCUGUUCAGUGUUGCUUGAUUUAAUAAAAGUAGUCACAGAUAACAUACAUUUUUUGCUGUUGCUUUAAUAAUUUUUAAAUAUAAUAAUCUGAAUAUAAAUCUAUUUCUCUGUUGACAUGUUAGUGAUGUAGAUUCAGAAAGGGUUGCUAACUCAGCCUGGGUGUCUUUGCAGAAAUAGUAACAACAGCAAAAGUGAAUAUGGUGUUCCAUUUUCAUCUGAAAAACUGAUCUUUGAUUUUAGAUAGAUGAUAGACAGAUAAACAUUUGUCAUUUUUUUUACUGUGGGCACAAUGGCACAUAUUAAAAAUGAAAUUUAGUUGCUUGCUCUCAAAGUGUACACAUACACAACACACAUUUAAACAUGCUACAUACAAUGUAUGUAUAGACUUACAGCCUUACAUAUAGAAGUGCCCAAAUCUGAGGAACUGAAGAUGUCUGCUUUGGAUUUUCUUACGGGAGGGAAGGAGUUUCUUCCCAAAAUGGGCCUCUUCUUGUUCACUGAAGUAAAUGCAUCCAUUCUGCUCACUUAAAGGCUUGCCGAUCGAUAGAUUUGCAAGACCAGGAAUCAAUUAAUUUUCCAUGAGAGGAAACCUGCGAAGAUGAGCAGCUUAAAGUCGAAACGUUGAAUCCUGAUGAUAAACCUUGGCGGGUAAGAGCGUGCUUCUUCGGGCUAUAAGUGCUUAAGAAAAAGUUACGAGAAUGAACUACCCCGUUGCAAAACGCCGCCAGGUCAUAAAUAGAAAUUAAAAGGCUAAGAGCGAGCCUUGUAUCAAGACUUGUUUCGUGCAGAGUUUUAGCGCGCCAAGAAACUGCAAGCGGCCGCACUCCGCGCGCGCUUCACCUGGCUGCCUAGGGUCGUUUAGGGCCAGGCCGGGCGCAUGCGCGCGGCGGGAUGUCGCCGGCGCGCCGCUCCGGUCCAGGGUUGAGCCGCUUGGCUGGCGGUUAGGAGAGGUGUCCACGCGCUCUGCCCGUCGACCUAACCGAAGAAGCUUCCUGGAAAGGGCGGGUGGGAGAAAGCGCGCGCUCAGCCGAACGCAUAGGCGCCCAUGAAGGCGCUUCCUCCGGUCCCGCGCCAAAGCCGCGCCUCGGCGAGGUAAGAAGCUUCGCCCGGGACGGUCGCGCGGACAGGUGCCAAGCAGAAGCCCUCGGAGACCCCUCGGCGCGGUGGGGUAGUGAAGUCUCGGUCGGCUACGAAGUUUGAGCGGUCCUCUUGAGUCCUUCGGGGGCUCUCGGCGUCAAAUGCUGCUUUUUGUGCUGGCCUGCCUGCGGAAUGGGAGGCACCGCGGACCCGAGUAUUCCUGAUGUCUGAAAGCAUCUGCUAUCUAACAAGACAUGAAGCAUCCAAUAUGUCCUGACCACAUGGCUGGAGAUAAAAGUGUGAAUCCAUCAGCACUUCGAAGGGACUUUGAUGAUAAAGGACAGAGAUACGAUAGGCCAGACUAUCGAUUAAGUAAAGAGAAAAAGAAGAUUAUAUUUUCCUUUUGUGAUGUGUGCAAUAUUCAGCUGAACUCAGCAGCACAAGCUCAGCUUCAUUACCAUGGAAAGUCUCAUCUGAAAAGAGUAAAACAGCUGAAUAAUGGGAAGAUACCUACAAAUACAAGCAAUUUAUUUGCAAGUUCCAGCACAGGCAGUACAUGCCAUAGUACUUCACUCCCAACGCUUGUCCGGACACCAACCCUUGUGAUGCAGCCCUCUCUGGAUGUCAAAUCAUUUGUGUCCUUCCCUGUGGAGAGCAGUUCUGCUGUUGGGCUCUUCCCAAAUUUUAACACUAUGGACCCAGUGCAAAAAGCUGUCAUAAACCACACAUUUGGCGUGUCACUUCCUCUAAAGAAGAAACAAGUCAUCUCCUGCAGUGUGUGUCAACUUCGCUUUAAUUCUGAUAGCCAGGCUGAGGCCCACUACAAAGGAAGUAAACAUGCCAAGAAAGUCAAAGCACUAGAAGCAACGAAAACUAGACCAAAAGCAAGUGCUUCCAAGAACAGCGCAAUGGCUAACUUGAACGGCUCUGCUACGCCGGCCCCGGCCAACAUCUCUAACAAAUCAGAUAGGGCAAUUCUGAAAGCUAAUGACUCUAGCCAACUUUCAAGGGCUGAAGCGGUCACCUUUAUAUCCGCAUCUGCCAGUGCAGCAGCAGCAGUAGCAGCAGCUACAGUAACCACACCUUUGUGGCCAGUUUCUUCCAAGAGCACAAAUGGGACUACAAUUGCCAUUUCUGAAUCCGAAGAGGAGAAAGCCAAAAAAUUACUGUAUUGUUCAUUAUGCAAAGUGGCUGUGAAUUCUUUAUCUCAGUUAGAAGCACACAACACAGGUUCCAAACACAAGACAAUGGUUGAAGCUAGGAAUGGUGCUGGUCCAAUUAAAUCUUAUCCUCGGCCUGGAUCCAGAUUGAAGACUCAUGGAACUAGUAUGGGUUCGGGACUACAGAACAAAACUUUUCAUUGUGAGAUUUGUGAUGUCCAUGUCAAUUCAGAAAUUCAACUUAAGCAGCACAUUUCUAGCAGGAGGCACAAGGACAGAGUUGCAGGGAAACCUACAAAACCGAAAUAUAGUCCGUAUAACAAACUACAGCGUAAUCCAAACAUUCUAGCAGCAAAGCUGGCCUUCCAAAAAGAUAUUCUUAAGCCUUUGGCACCUGCCUUUCUCUCCUCUCCUCUGGCUGCUGCAGCUGCGGCUGUAUCCACAGCUCUGACUCUCCCACCACGACCUUCUGCUGCUCUCUUCCAGGCUCCUGCGAUACCCACAGCUCUCCUAAGGGCAGGACACGGGCCUCUCCGAGCUACUCCAGCAUCUAUCCUCUUUGCUCCCUACUGAAUUGGGAAUAAGCAAGGCAUAACUUUGGCCAUUUGGAACAAUGGCAAAAGAAGAUGAGAGCAAGAUGUCUUUUUUUUUUAACAAGACUGUGUUUUUAAGAUCUUGGGCUUGAUUCUGUCCCCAGAAAAUAAGUUACAAAACUCAUUGGGAUGAAUUGCAAUCUAGAAUCCAUAGGCUUGUGGGGGUUUUAAGUAAAGGUCAGAUAUCUGGUUUACAAAUAUAUAUAUAUUGUGCACAAAAUAUAUCAAAGGUUCAUAUGUCUGUUUUUAACUGGAUAUUAUGAUUUGUAAAGAAGGAAUGUGGAAUAUUUUCCUGUGUGACUUGAAAAACCAGAAUUGUAUACAUGGGUCUCUGGAAGCCAACUUAUUCAUAUUCUGGUCAGCAGAUUCUGGUGUGCCACAAAAGUUGAGUGAGAGAAUUAGUGGAUUGUUACUUCUUAUUACCUAAUGUACUCCCAUUCCUUAAUAUGUGUCUUGUUUAGGCCUUAGUAUGAGUACAUCUUGUGUAACGCUGCAGAUUUAUCUCUCAUUUGAUUUUAAAUCAUUUUAGUGGCAGUGCAAAUAUUUAGAAGCACAGCUCAGCCUUGAAACUUUUCUUUUUGAAAAAUUUAAUGUCUUUAAUUUAUCAUUUUAUUUAGAAAGACUUAGAAGUAACAAAGCCAUAUAUCCCAUAAGUAAGAUGAUGACUUGUUUACAAUUUUUAUUUAAUUUAUUUUGCAUUCAGUUAUUCCCUCACCCUCGCCCCGUUGCUAAAUAUCUACUUCAAAGACAUUUCAUCAUUUAUAUGUUUACUAAAGAGAUUGUGCACAUUGUUCAAUCAGAUAAUGUGCUGACAUAUUUAUUAUUCAUACACACAUUUCCCUUCACACUCAUGUAUAUACAUAUCUCAGUUUGGUUUGCGUUUCUAAACUUUCCUACAGAAUGAUGGCUGCAUACAGUUGUGGCUCCCAAUGCAAUAAUGUACAGGAGAUAAAAUAUUUAUAAAACAAAUUAUUCGUUCUGUUGAUGAAUAUUAUUAUUCUAGCCUGUCUACUUCCCCCCCACACACACACACCAUUUUAUCAAUAUAAUUUGGGCACUGAGGACAUAUUUGUAUGUCUUGCUUGUGAAAAUGAGGGUAUUCUCCAAAAGCAUCUUUUGCUUCCAAUCUGUAAAGAGUAUGUAUUUAUAUUUUUAAAAGUACAUUUUAAUAAAAUAUCGAGGGAAAAUAAUAAUAUAAUUUAUUAACGAGAAAAAAAUUCAGGUGGCACUCUUAAAUGAGCUCUGUACUGCUAAAACGGCAUUACACAGAAUUUAUUUUUAAAACUUUGAUAACUGAAUCAUGGUAUCGCUCACUUACAUAAAACUGUACAAUCACUUGAUUAAACUUUCAUGGGUAAUGAAUGACUAGUUAUGAAUACAUAAUAGAUACUUUGCAUAUCACUCUGAGAAGCUUAAUAUCACGGUGUGCUGUUUUUAAGAGACAGAAAUCUAUAGUACUGUAUACAUACCUAAAGGGGUUAUUAAAAAAAAUAAGCAUCA